AUGUCUGCUCGUCAACUACACACUGGCUUUCCGGGCACUAAUACCCUGCAUUCGGAACAAUGUCGUGCCGAAAUACAACGGUUCGAGAGCGUACAUCCAUGUAUUUAUCAGAUUUACGACAUGUUGGAAUGCCUACCGCUACCGCCUGAAUACGCGCAUAUGAGGGACGAGAUUCGGGACCAGGUUGUUUGUAUCGAAGACGCGUUCGUUAAUAGCCAUGAGUGGACUCUCAGUAGAUCGGUUAGCGAGCUUCGACUGGGCGUCGUUGGUACGACAUCUUCCGGAAAGACGUCUUUGGUUCACCGAUAUCUUACUGGAACAUUCACUGCUGAAGAAAGUCCAGAAGGUGGUCGAUUCAAGAAGGAGGUGUUCAUUGACGGUCUCAGCCACUUGUUGCUGAUUCGUGACGAAGGAAGUGCUUCACCUGAUGUUCAGUUCUCCUUGUGGGCCGACGCAGUGAUCUUCGUAUACAGCGUGGACAACCAAGAAAGCUUUGAAAGAGUCCGACAUUUUUACAGCCACAUGAAUAAGUUUCGGAACGUAGCCGAAAUGCCGGUGCUGCUUGUCGGUACCAAGGACACGCUUUCGGAGAAGAAUCCACGAGUGAUAAGCGAAGAGGAAGGAAAGCAAAUGGCAAACCAUUUGAAACGUUGCGCUUACUAUGAGACCUGUGCAACUUAUGGGCUAAAUGUGGAGCGGGUUUUCAAAGACGCUUGUUGUAAGAUUCUCCAACAACGAACUCGGGCAUCCUUUAGUGGUAGCACACGUACACCCACGCCAACUACCCCUGCCACUCAGGACAAGCGAGACUACCAGGAGUCUCGGUUCAUGCAGAACGUGCUGUAUGGAGCAGUUUCGGCGCAGAAGACCCCCUAUCACCAACGCUCGAUGUCAUCUGCUCCUCUGGCCGAACAGUUUGUAGGAGGAUCGCGGAAAACUCACGUACAACAACGUGACACUUCUGGAAUAGUGGGCGCUCAACGUUGUGGUGACCGUGCUAUGUCUGCAUUUGUCGUGCCACCUGGAAUGCCUAUGCAAGCCCAAUUUGGGAGUCGUGCAAGUCAGCUGGACUAUCGAGGUGUCUCACCUUCAAACAGUCAAAAAAGUAUGAGCAAUGGCGUUCAUACGCGUUCAUCGGCUGCUCUGCUUGAUCCUGGAAGUGACUUGGGUGCACUAGGCUGUGGUCUGGAUGCACAUUCCCUUGCAAGUGCCUCUACCUCCCACCUACCUACUCCAUCAUCCACACCAACAACUCAACGAAAAAAUAGGAGGAUAUCUAACAUUUUCCAGCGCCCAAAGGAUGUUGAAGAAAAAACCAAGACCCAGAAUGUAAAUCUCGGUGGUGGGCGAGAAAUUCCAAUUAAGGAAGGUACAAUGCACAAACGAAGUACGAAGGGUGCUCUGAAUCGAGAAUGGAAGAAAAAGUAUGUUUGUUUGUAUGGAGAUGGUAGGCUGACAUACCAUCAUACUCAAAAAGACUAUCGUGAUAAGCCGAAUCAUGGGAAAGAGGUGUUUCUUGGUCUGGCUACGGUUCGAAUAGCAGGCCGACAGCGUCCUCGCAACACCCAACGCGGGGUGGCAAUCAAUCAGUUUGAGGAGAAUAAUGUGACGAAUUCAGUAAGCUCAGCCGCUUUGCGACCGUACGAACCGAGGAGGAGCGACGCAGGGUUUCGAAAAGGAUUCAGCACGACUGACCACAUUCACACUGUUUCGAAACUCAUCGAGCCGCUCUGUCUCACCUUCAUCGACUUAAAGAAGGCCUUCGACCAAGUUGAGACGGAAGCGGUCGUGGAAGCCUUGGACAACCACGGCGUCCCUACUCAGUACAUAAAGGUACUUCGAGAGUUGUACAGUAACUUCACGACCGGAAUUUCGCCAUUCUACAAGAACAUCAUCAUUGACGUGAAGAGGGGAGUCAGACAGGGUGAUACAAUUCCACCCAAAAUAUUCACAGCCACCCUCGAGAACGCAAUGCGAAAGUUGGAAUGGGACGACAUGGGAGUGAAGGUUGAUGGUCGGCAGCUACACCAUUUGCGCUUUGCUGAUGACAUCGUACUGAUAACACCUAGCAUCAGCCAAGCGGAACGAAUGCUGACCGAAUUCGACGAAAUAUGUGGAUGCAUCGGUCUUCAGCUGAAUCUACAAAAGACGAUGUUCAUGCGGAACGGAUGGGUCUCGGAUGCCCCAUUCACGCUCAACGGAACGAACAUAUCCGAAUGCACCAGCUACGUUUAUCUGGGUCGGGAACUAAACAUGAUGAACGACCUGACCCCCGAGCUGGGCAGGAGGAGACGAGUGGCUUGGGGAGGCUUGGGGAGCGAGAGCAUCGAGGAUGUAGUGAAGAAGACCAGGAACACCCGGCUCCGAGCUCACCUCUUCAACACCACCGUACUUCCUGCUUUGACCUAUGCUUCGGAAACCUGGGCAUUUCGCAAGCAGGAAGAAAACGCGGUGAGUGUCAUUGAACGCGCAAUUGAGAGAGUGAUGCUAGGAGUAUCCCGUUUCACGCAAGUGAGGGACGGGAUUCGAAGUUCUCUCCUACGUCGGCGAUCGAAGAUUAGGGACGCCGCCGCGUUUGCCAAGGAAAGAGGUGGAUCUGGCGAUGGUACUUCUGGAGGAGGAAGCGAUGACGCUAAGGAAUCAUCUCCUGCUGUUCAACUUACUCCACAAACUGUCGUUGGACAAAAGAAGAGAAGGGGAGGAAAUAGAAGACUUGGAUCGGCUGGAAAAGCAACAGAUGAGGACGAUGAGUGUUUUGAAAUUAUCACUUCGGACCAAAAACGGUGGGAAUUUUGUGUAGCAGCGGAGGAACGAGACGCCUGGGUCGCUGCAAUUGAGGAACAGAUAGAAAAGGCGUUACAAAAUCAAAUGAGUAAACCCAGCACCAGAGCAAGAGGAGAUAGGGAGGAGGUCCUUGCUUUGCGUCAACUGCCCGGCAACGAUAGGUGUGCCGAUUGCGGUCAGAUGUCACCAGACUGGGCUAGCUUGAAUCUUGGGAUCCUGAUAUGCAUAGAGUGUUCUGGCACGCAUCGUAAUCUCGGGUCACACAUCUCAAGAGUUCGAUCGCUUGAUCUUGAUGCCUGGCCAGUCGAGUUCUUAGCAGUAAUGCAAGCUAUUGGAAACGAUGCUGCGAACCGAUUGUGGGAACAUCACGCCCCCUCAGAUCGCCGACCUCAGCCGGAUAGUGCGCUCGAAGUUAAAGAAUCAUGGAUCCGUGAUAAGUAUGAGGCCAAAAGAUUUCUACCGUCACUUCGGGUAGAUGCUACUGUGGGUUCACAACUCAUUGCAGCAGUAAUUGCGCGCGAUGUCGCAGAAGUUUCGCUGCUCUUAGCGAGAGCAUCUCCAGAAGAUGUGAAUAGUACCGUCUCCGGAACCCGAGAUCGUCGAUCGCCACUACAUCUAGCCUGUAGUAUCGGUAGUCUCGCCAUCCUACAGUUGUUGUUGUGGAACAACGCUGACAUACAUGCACUGGACGAACAAGGACGAUCCGGUCUCUGGUAUGCUCGCAAUAGCGGUUUCAAGGAGUGUGCAGAUAUGCUGCUAACCGCAGGACUUGACACCAAUUAUGGCAUCCCAGCAGCAACAACCGAGUCUACCCACUCCCCUCCUCUCCUUGAGGGUACGGUGAUGGGGUCGCUGUCGAACCGUGAUUAUUCAUGCAUAGGGGACGAAGUUGUACUAAGGAGGGCGCCGCCACCAGUAGCCACUCCUGCAAAACGUUCUACGAAUGCCUUCGAUUUGCUACCAGCUAGCAUAAUUUAA